AUGGGUUCGCCGAUUUCGGGGUUCAUCGCCGAGGCAGUCCUGCAACGGUUAGAGUCGCUGGUCUUCCAACACCACAAACCGAAGUUCUGGGCCCGGUAUGUGGACGAUACCUUCGUCGUUAUCGACCGGGAUCAACUGCUGACAUUCAAGGAACGUCUAAAUGUGGUCUUUCCGGACAUACAAUUUACGAUGGAGGAGGAAGAGAACAAUCAGCUGGCCUUCCUGGAUGUCCUCGUAUGCCGCAAGGAUUGUGGUGGACUAAAGACCAAAGUGUUCAGGAAAGCGACAAAUACGAUGCAAGUACUGAACUUCAACAGCAACCACCCAAUCAGCCACAAGCUUAGUUGUGUUAGGACGCUCUAUCGGCGUGUCGAAACGCACUGCAGUGAGCCGGAAGACAAAAUUGCCGAACUACAAUACCUCCGACGGGUCUUCAAAGCCAAUGGCUACCCGCGCAACUUCGUCGACCGGUGCAUACGCAAAAGGGACGAAAGGCCUAACCGCACGGACACCAAAGUUUGGCGAGCGCUUCCAUAUGUCAAGAACGUUUCGGAAGCUGUUGGCCGCCUUCUCGCACCACUUGGGAUUGGAGUUGCACACAGACCAGAGGCAGCCAUCAGGCGUCCGUUAAUAAAAGCGAAAGACCCACUGCCACGGCAAGAAACGUCUGGAGUCGUUUAUCGGAUCUGGUGCAGUUGCGGACAAAGCAACUACUUUGGAGAAACCGGAAGACAACUCCAAACGCGAAUGGCCGAACACGCUGCAGCGGUGCGGAGAAAUGACGCUAGCUGUCAAGUUGCGGCUCAUUCGACGGGUUCCGGCCACACAUCCAAUUUUGACGAGGCCGGAAUUCUCGCUGGAGGUGAAAACCGCGUGAGCCAGGAGCUGUUUGAGGCAUGGUUUACUGGCCCCCAGUCUAUUAAAAAGUGCAAUGAUCUUCCCAUUCAAUACUCCGUGCUGAGACUUCGCCUAGGCGGAGUAAUAGGCCACGUGGGGAGCGCACAGGCGAGCACUCUUCCCAACAUCCGGGUCAGCGCGUCAGAUGGUCGAGCAAUCAUCACACCAACAUCCAACGCACAUGAUGAAAUCGCAGCAAUUAACGACGCGAAUGUCGGCCAUCACGCCACGUGCAACGAUCCCUGA